UGGAAAAUGGGGAGGCUCGAAGUUUCCCCUGGGAGCCGGCCAUUUUCCUAAGUCAAACUCCAUUAAAGCUCACCCGAGGUUCUGGCUUUGACCUCCUUCGACGGGAGAGUCCCAGGACCCCCCUCCAUUGAAAUGAGAGGGAACGUGGGACCCUUUACUGAGGGAAGGCCAGCUUCUUUCCUCGGGGGUGAAGGCAUCCUCACCUAGACCUACAGCGGUGUAAGAACUGGGGCACUCAUUUAACCCCCACUGCCGCAUGGGUCAGCUCCUCCUACUACGUUAGAGGAUGUAGGGCCAGCGGCCGUAGCUAAAAGUAUGGCAAGAACUGAGGCCUGGCCCUUUAAGGGCACGCGUCGCGGGGCGGUGACCCCGGACGGAAGCUGCGCCGGCGAAGGGCGGAAGUGGAGCCUCGGACUGAAUAGCCAUGGCUCUGGACAGCGAAGACGUGAGGGACUACAACCUGAAUGAAGCUCAAAAGGCAAUCAAGGCCAAGUACCCCCCGGCCACCCGGAAAUACGAGUAUCUGGAUCAUACAGCUGAUGUACAGUUACAUGCUUGGGGAGACACAUUGGAAGAAGCAUUUGAGCAGUGUGCAAUGGCCAUGUUUGGUUACAUGACAGACACAGGAACUGUUGAGCCGCUCCAGACAGUUGAAGUGGAAGCUGAAGGAGAUGACCUGCAGUCUCUUCUCUUUCACUUUUUGGAUGAGUGGCUUUAUAAAUUUAGUGCCAAUGAAUUCUUCAUACCUCGGGAAGUGAAAGUACUAUCUAUUGACCAAAGAAACUUCAAAUUACGCUCAAUUGGGUGGGGAGAAGAGUUUUCUUUGAACAAGCAUCCUCAGGGGACUGAAGUCAAGGCAAUAACAUAUUCAGCGAUGCAAGUCUAUGAUGAGGAGAAACCAGAGGUUUUUGUGAUUAUUGACAUUUAAAACACAAUGAAAGAACUUCUAAGAAGAACUAUUGUUUCUUUUUCCUUGGGGGAAAAACACAGUGACCUAAAAAAGGAGAGAAAGAAAAAGGACAGAUGGACAGCCAGCUUUCUUGAUAAGAACCUGAAAAUUUGGGACACGGAUCUAUUCUAUUCUGUCUCUGUUCAAACUUGGAAAAAAAUUUAGGUGGCAGAGUAUGUUUCCUCAUUUAUGAAUUCUUGGCCAAAGUAGCAAGAAAUUUGAUCUUUUCUACCCCUACUGUUGCUGUUGAAGCCUACCAGCCCUAUGGGCUUUUCUACAUUUUCCAUUUUUUGAAAAUGGGUCUUCACUACAUUUUGGUUUUUACCCAGUUUGCUAAAAUAACUUAUUUACAUAUAUGAAACAACUAAAUGAUGAGCUGCUGUGUUUUUUUGUUUGUUUUUUGUGGGGCAGUGAGGGUUAAGUGACUUGCCCAGGGUCACACAGCUAGUAAGUGUCAAGUAUCUGAGGCUGGAUUUGAAUUCAGGUUCUCCUGAAUCCAGGGCCAGUGUUUUAUCCACUGCACCACCUAGCUGCCCCCUGCUGUGAGUUUUUUAAGGAAAUGGUUAUACUUGCACUGCAAAAAGACUUUUUUCUUUGAAAAAUUCACUGAAAACAUUUUGAUCCCUUUUCCCUUUUAUUUUGAAUAAUUUUAUUUUCCAAAAUAUAUGUAAAAACAAAAUUUUAACAUCAAUUUUUAAA